AUGAUUCUAUUGUUAGUAUUAUUGGCCUUCAUACCAUUGACGGGGGCUGCCGACCCACCGAUAUUGGAUAAUGGAAUUGCAGAAUUACCUCUCGUGGAUUGUAUGGAAGAUCGGGUAAAGCUCACUUUCAAAACUCAAAGGCCGUUCCAUGGAAGGAUAUUUGUGAAAGGAAUGGUUGAUAAGCAAAACUGCGUCCGAGAUUUUGUCACAAAUCAAGCAAAAGAUGUGACAUUCGAACUAGAGAAUGGAGCAUGCAAUAUGAGAAGACAGAGAAUGUUGGGACCCGAGAAGCGUGGAAUGGAAAUGUCAAUGACAAUCAUUAUUUCAUUCCACUCAACAUUCAUCACUAAAGUUGAUCGAGCCUACAGAUGUACUUGUUUCUAUAUGGAGGCUGACAAAGUGGUUACCAACAAAUUUGAUGUCAGUAUGCUGCCGACAACUGAUCUCAUCGACACCGCCCGUAUGCCUCUCUGUACUUAUUCUGUACGUCGUGACUCGGUCACUGGACCGAUUGUAGAGUAUGCAAAGGUUGGGGAAACGGUGUAUCAUGUGUGGAAUUGUGAAAGUGACAUGUUCUCCAUGCUUGUCCACUCUUGCUUCGUUGACGAUGGGAAUGGAGAUGAGAGGAAACCGCUUUUGGAUGAGCACGGUUGUGCCAUUGAUCCUCCCAUUCUGCCAGACUUGACCUACAAUAAAGACAACAAUGUAGCAUACGCCCAAGUGAACGUGUUCAAAUUCGCUGACAAGAUCUCCACAUAUUUCCAAUGUGCAGUAAGUACAUGCAUGAAUACGGAAGGAAUGUGUGAUGGAAAGACGCCUCCAAGAUGUGGUCCAUCUGGAUCAUUUAGCAGUCUCUCGAACAAUAACAAUCAAUUCAACAAUAGGAGAGCUCGUCGAGCAUCUGGAGACAGAUUGUCUAACAGAACUACAGUCAAUUGGGUCCAUUUGGCAGAUACCAUGGAUUUGGCAGCCAAUAAGAUUACUGUAUUUGAAUUGGAAGAGAAACAAGACAGAGAUAAUGAGGAUAUUCCAUCUCACUCUCAUCUCGCAAUCCUCCAAGGACAACAGACUGCUUCCGUCAUCUGUCUCAACCAAUCGAGAAUUCAAAUCUUCUUCAUUUUGUCAUUUUUAAUGCUCACUUUAGUCACUGCUCUCACCGUAUUCACUCUUCGGCGAACGAUGGCGGUGCAGAAGAAAUGCGAACUCAACGCCUGA